CCGGCUGGGCCCGCCGCUCCCGCAGCCGCCCGCCCGCCCCCGCAGCCGCCACGGGCAGGGACAAGCAGCCCCGCGGCCAGCAGAGGCAGGGGGGGCCGCCGGCCGCGGACGCCGCCAGGCCCGACGACAUGGGGCCGAAGAAGAAGGGCACGGGGGCCCCCCAGGAGUGCGGGGAGGAGGAGGCCCGGACGUGCUGCGGCUGCCGGUUCCCGCUGCUGCUCGCCCUGCUGCAGCUGGCCCUGGGCAUCGCCGUGACCGUGGUGGGCUUCCUCAUGGCGAGCAUCAGCUCCUCCCUGCUAGUCAGGGACACUCCAUUUUGGGCUGGGAUCAUUGUCUGCUUAGUGGCCUAUCUUGGCUUGUUUAUGCUUUGUGUCUCGUAUCAAGUUGACGAGCGGACAUGUAUCCAGUUUUGUAUGAAACUGUCGUACUUCCUGCUGAGUGCCCUGGGCCUGACGGUCUGUGUGCUGGCCGUGGCCUUUGCCGCCCACCACUACUCGCAGCUCACACAGUUUACCUGUGAGACCGCGCUCGACUCCUGCCAGUGCAAACUGGCCUCCUCCUCCGAGCCGCUCAGCAGGACCUUUGUGUACCGGGAUGUGACUGACUGUACCAGCGUCACUGGCACUUUCAAACUGUUCUUACUCAUCCAGAUGAUUCUUAACUUGGUCUGUGGCCUUGUGUGCUUGUUGGCCUGCUUUGUGAUGUGGAAACAUAGGUACCAGGUGUUUUAUGUGGGUGUCAGGAUGCGCUCCCUCACAACUUCCGAAAGUCAGCAGCAGAAGGCCUAACCUUCUUGCUCAAAGUUGGGAGAGAAAACAGCACGCUCAUUAGCUGAGGUUGAAAAAAAAAAAUUUU